ACGAAAACAAGUGGCAGUGGCCGGCGCGUGACUAAUCACAUGACCUUCAGUGACGUCAGCCCUGUUAUCAUGGAUGGAGCUCGUACAAUAAUUUCGAACAAGUAAUUCUUCCCAGAGAUUUGUGAUUGCACAGUGUUUGUGUAUAUAUAUAUAAGAUCAGCUACAACAGAACGCAAAAUUUUUGUGAAGAAAGUGAUGAAAGUCCAGCAGACAAGACCUUUAACAGAUCCUGGUGAAACAAAAAAGGGUUUAGGUACCCUACACACAACUGAAAGGGUCUAGGAAGCAGCUGGCAUUAUGUCAGGCAAGACCAAGUUGCUGAAGGUGGUGCUUCUUGGGGAUGGAGGGGUGGGUAAAUCAUCCCUCAUGAACCGCUUUGUUAGCAACAAAUUUGACUCCCAGUCAUUCCACACUAUUGGGGUGGAGUUCUUGAACAAAGAUGUUACUGUUGAUGAUGACACCUACACAAUGCAGAUUUGGGACACUGCAGGCCAAGAGCGCUUUAAGAGUCUGCGAACUCCAUUUUAUCGUGGUGCUGACUGCUGCCUCCUGACAUUUUCUGUGGAUGAUGUGCAGAGUUUUCGCAAUCUGUCCAUGUGGCGCCGAGAAUUCCUGUACUAUGCUGAUAUUCAGGAUGGGGUAAACUUUCCAUUUGUAAUCCUCGGCAAUAAAGUGGAUGUAGAAAAUCGCAUUGUUAGUGCUGAGGACGCCCGAGCCUGGUGUGCUUCAGCAGGCAAUGCCCCCUACUUUGAGACCAGUGCUAAGGAUGCCACAAAUGUAGACCUAGCCUUUCUUGCUGCAGUUCGCCGUUUGAAAGAGAUGGAGGAACAGAUGGAGAUGCGACCGGUGCAUGGGAACACUGUAGACCUCAACAAAGUGGCAAAAAGCAAGUCAUCAUGCUGUAGCUAAAAAGAGCUACUCACACCGUUAAGGCAUUUGGUAUGGGACUGUCCUUGAAAACCUUGGGAUAACAACCUACAGGUCAAAAGCUGUGCUGGGACAGCUAUGUGUAAUGCAGUGAGUGGCAGCUUGGAGAAACUAGAACAGUGCCACUUGUUUGUUAAAGAUUUGAUGGUGUGUGAGGUGACAUCAAAUUCUGCAGGGAAUAGGUCUCUAUAUUCUCUAGCAAAAUUUAGAAGUGUCAUUUGCCAGCACUAAACAAGAACUUAAAGCUUUCAUCACUGGCAGUAUAUUUCACUUUGAACUGAACCAACUACUACUUACAUUGUCAUGUUGCCAAUCAUAUCAAGUUCAGACUUGCAUUUUUAGGAGAAGAAAGGACUUAGUUUGGGUAGGAGCCAGAGCAGCUGUAUGUCAUGCUUAGGUGCAGUCUCUGGUUACAAGCAUUCUUUUGUGGGAGAUGGGGAAAUUCCAAGGUCAGAAUUAACCUUGUCAAGAUACACAGGAAAUCACAGCUAAUAGUAGUAUGUAAAGUAUAUAUGUAUAAUGUGUACCAUUCUUGAGCAAGGCAUAGCAUAACUUAUAUAUAUAUUAUGGAAGAUGACUUUGUAAAGAAUGAGAACAUUUACAAAUUAAAUUAAGGGGCCAUAUAUAGCUGUUGAAAUGUUACUGACCACAAAUUUAAAGAGCUUUUGCAGCAGAUAUGAACAAAUGAGAGCACGAUUAUAAGGAAGUAAUAUUUUUUCCUGUUCUGGUUGUUUUCAAAUUCUCUGUUUGUGGGCAGGUGGGUGAGUGAGUGCCUGUGAAGGGGGAUGUUGUUGUGCUUUAUUUUAUUCAUGUGUGUGAUGGUUAUUUCACUAUUUCAAACUUAAAGUUAGGCAACUAUAUCCUAGAAAUAUAUCUGCAUGGCUGGUUCAGUAUGAGACCUGGGUGUCAGUAGCAUGUGCCUCAGUAACUGCAAUCUUGCCUUAAGCACGCAGUACGUAGGGGCCAGUGGAAACAGGGAACUGCUGCUAUAUCUUAAACCACCUUUUCAACCCCGUCAUAAAGGUCACACAAAAGGCACAACUGUUUAUAAGCAAAGUUAGGUUUAAAAAUACUCAUGAUGUUCAUCUAACAAACCAGACUCUGACUUGUAAAUGUCACCCAUAUGUUUGAAAAGUGGACGAAAAAGUCUGUUGAACUGAAAAGAUGUUCAACUUUACAAAAUAGUUUCAUUUCAAAACAAAAAUAACAAGGUGUUACUGUUAGUAAUGGUCCUCCCUACAUUGCUGUUAUAACGUAAGGGGUCACAUAUUUACUCUUUACUUACACACUGUGCAGUUUCAUAAAUUUGAAAGUUCAAAAGGAAAGAAGCUAGUUUUUAUUAUGAACAAUGGAUUUUACUUCUAAAAGUUACUUUUCUUAGCAGCAAGACACAUGCUUUGGAUUAGGGCUUUAAAUAGAGAAAAGGCAUCAUACUUUGGGACCACAUUGUGACUUGAUAGACUUUAAAAUGUUGGGAUCUGGCAUGUUUAAAGAAUAAGGACUGUGAAAUACUAGCUGUUCAUGUUGUACUGGGACAGACCAUGUAUCAAUGUUACCAUGCAUAUAAAUACAAUUUUACAAUGCAUGUGGCAUUUCAUUUUUUUGUGACCGUUUGCUAGAACACCUUAGCACUACUGAAAACUUAAAAAAUUCUGAGCUUCCACUCCAGAGAACAACUCAGAAUGCAUUCUUGUCAACAAUCCUCACCAUCUUUAUCUCAGGUGUCAUCAGUUUUCCCUCACCUAAGGAACUGUUGUCCCAUGGUCACCACUGUCUCAUUGGUUCGGAAAUUAGAAAUUAAACUUAUUAUGUGAAUCCAGGUGGGUUCAAGGAAAUUAAACUUUGUGACUCUAGGUUGAACUAUCCAAAUGACUUUGAGUAGGUUCAAGGAAGAACAUCAUCAUAAUAUUUUGUAGGAGAGAUCUUUAACACUCUAGGCCUGGCUUCCAACUAUAGUCAUUGUGUGAUCUUUAAUCACUGAAUGUUAAUGCAGUAGUAUUGCUGUAAAAUGUUCUUUAAGAAGGUCAGUCUUAAUAAAGGCAAUUCUUGAUCAAGUAAAUAUAAUGGUUCAUCUUUUUCUUUUCUUAACCAUAACAAGACUGCAGCAACCUGCAGGUCACUAACAGUUGCAAUUACAUUUCUUAACAACUUUAUCCAUCACUGCCAUUUUAAUGGAGCAUUUUGGGUUGCUUUUUUCUUCAAAAACUUCCGCUUGUGUCACAUGACUAUAAUUUGAGGUGUGUAGUGUGCUUCAUAAAUGCUAAAACUAUAUCCUUUGUACUCCAGUAGGUUGGGAUUCCCUAGCAUUUUGGUAGACUUCUAGCUCAGGGUCUAGUGUCACAUUUCUAAAACUUAAAACUGUUCUAAAAAAGUAAACUUUUAAACUAAAAGUAAACGUAUUUUUCAUUAAGUCCUGAGAUCCAAAGAAACUCUUGGCAAAGUGAUACGAUAAUUUAUGUUCAUAAACCAAUUGUCAAAACAUUUUGUUGUGCUCAGAUUGAGUUUAAGUUGUUCAGACAUUAUUCUUGGCAGAUAAAAAUUGAGUGUAGAAGUAUAGAUAUCAUUAAUCUAUUGACACCCAACAGUCAUCAUAUAAUGUUUUAUUUUGUAGGAUGGGAAAAUCCGCAAUCAGUGCCAAUCGUUUUUAAUUUGUUUAACCAUAUUCAACUACUCAACAAUUUCUGGGUUACUAAUCAAGGAAAGGAAAUCAAAUCCAUUUGCAGAAAAUGGUAAAUUCUUUGUUGCUUCUGACAUUCCAUGUGCCAAUAAUAUUCAAAAGUUUUAAUUUUUACCGUCAAGUAUAAUUAGUUAUAAGAGAAAUUGCAACCUUGUCAACAUUGCAAAGUGUGAAUUGACAGAUCCUUCCAAUGACAAUCUAGUGGAAUGAAAGUGUGGAAAGUCAAAUAUUACUUUUUGAAAAGGGUACACACCAUUGUAUGACAAACUGAGGUAUCUGUGCAUAAAACAUUUUCAGAUUAAAAUAUAGAAGGAAGAAGGCUAAAUAUAAUGUGCUUUAAGGUUAUAUUUUGAGUGUUGUAAACUGCAUUGAGAAAUGGCAUUUAUGUCCACUUUGGCAUAGAUACAAGUUUUUAUCUCUCCAUUUUUAUUAAGAUUCACUUGAUAAAUGAUAAUCACCUCAGGUUGGUAAUUGGUAGCCUUUAUCAAACUGUUUUUACAAUCCUGAGAUGUGUAAUCAUAAAAUAUUUUGUGUGCUUCAGUCUCGUAGCUGUUUGGCAUGGUCAUUUCGUUGCAGGGAAUUGAUGUCUCAAUUAGUUUGUGCGCUUUAGACUGGCAGAUGUGUCAAGGCUUUUUCCUGGCAUGCUGAGUGCAAGAUGGUGGCUAAGGUUUAUGGACUGACAUCUGCUUCAUCUUGGCCUCAUGCAGGUUGGCCAUGCAAAAUAGAAGCGAUAGUCAAGAACUUACUGUCAGCAACAAAAUUUAAUUUUGAUCAAGAGAUUUCACUUGCUACUUCUCAGCCAGGUGAUUAUAAAAAUCUUCCUAUUCAUAAAAGAUUUAGAUCGGUUCCUCGUGAAAUUAAGUCAGUUUUGCUUACAGUGUGCCUUCCCUGCCAACAUUGGCAGGCUCAAGGUGCUUAGCACACAAGCACGAACUUAUCAGUAGACAUCAAAUGUGUUAUACAUGUUUAUUUACCAUCAUUCAAAUCUUCACUUUCUCAAACAUAGGGUGAAGGAAACCAGAACAAACCAUUGUUGGAUAAUGAAGUGUCACUGCCAGAGCCCAGACACAAAAACCUGCGACACCUGAAUCUCGCUGUUAUGGUGACAUGCACUUCAGCCACUGCACCACCAACAAUCCAUAGUUCUACUCUAUAUCAGAGUCCAGCUUUCAUUUACUUAAAAGAGCUUGCAGAUGCUUUCAUUCUUGUUCUGUACUGGUAGUUUAUUCUCAACAGAGUUUGAGAUUCAAGCUUAUGUCUUUUUGACUGUAUUGCUAUUGGUCAUGUUUUGUCCAGUGUUCAUCUUACAACUGAUGCAGUAUUCUUUUUUUGACAAAUGUGAGAUUGUAAAAAAAAGUAGCAUUUAUAUAGUAAAGAACUUAAGUGUUUAGAGAGAGAGCAAGUACAAAGGAUCCAGAAAAUAUGCUUGAGUUUAAAAAGCCAAUACAGCAAUGAACAUUUGUUCAUCUUUAUUUUAUUUCAGUCAUCAAGAAAUAAUUUAUAUCCCUAAUGUUUGUCCAGUACAGUGUUUGAAACACAUUUUAUGAUUCUUCUAUUUUGUCUGGAAUCCACAUGUACUUUCCUUUUUCAAUAGACAUAUCCCUAGCAUAUGACUUUUUUUUUUUUAUUUUGCAUAGGAAAAACAACUGCAUUUCAAAAACUACAAUUAACUAAUAGAUCAGCAAAAUCAGUAGCCUUAAAAAUCAAGUCCCUGCAUGUUAUCAUGGCCAUGGGAAAGGUGUAUCUGUUGUGCUUUGCUCAUCUUCUUGGCCUGACCAUUGUAAAAGAGCAAACGAUCAGAGAAAACAUGAGAAGUCAAUGAAGCAUAAAAGUGACCAUGGUUUUUGGCAGGGGGACAGUGGAUGGCUCCAGUUAAACAGUGGUCAUCACAUGUUUUUGGUUAUUGCCUGUUAACACAAUUGUGCAGCAAGUAGCCUGGUUCCAGCAAUUAUUCUGCAAAGUGUGUGAUUUGCAAAAUGUGAAGAUGUCUCAAUUUUUAGUGGUUGCUGCUCCAUCAUUUAUUGAUGUCUUCUGUUAUUGCGAAUAAAUUUCUUGUUAUGAAA